CGUCAUGAAGAUGUUACUUAUAAUAUUGAUUGGAAUAUACCAAAAAAUAUUAGCACUAAUAGUACAGAUGAUUCAAAAUAUGUUUCAUCAAAUGAUCAAUAUACUGGAAUUGAUUUAAUAAAUCAUUCGUUAAAUGGGAAUAAUAAUGUUGAUAUUUAUGAUGAGUUACUCAAAAGAAAAAAAAAUGAAUUAUAUGGAACAAAACACCCAAAAAAUACAUCAACAAAUACAGUUGCAAAACAAAUAUAUGAUGAUCCUAUACUCAACCAACUAGAUCUAUUUGAUAAAUGGUUAGAUAGACAUAGAUAUAUGUGCAACAAAUGGAAUAAUAAAGAAGAAAUGUUAAGUAAAUUGAAUGAUGAGUGGAAUAAAGAAAAUAACGAACAUGUAUUAGAUACACCCUUGAACGAUAAUGCUAUUCACAAAAUUAAUGAUGAAACAUAUAAUAUGAUUAAUGAAAAUACUAAUGAUCUUAAUGAUAUAACAUCUCUUGAACAUCUUGGAUCAACAAAUAUUCCAUAUAGUGCUCUUAUAACGCAAAAUAAUGAUUCUCAAAGACAAAAUUUACGUACAAACAUUUCUAUGGAUAUACAUUUUGAUGAAAAUAAUAAUAAUGUAACCAAUGAAGACGAUCAGUUGGAAAAUUUGUACAAUUUUUGA